CCAGCAAACAUGAAACUGUUAGUAGCAGUGGCACUCCUGUGCCUAGCUUCGGCUUACUGCCGCGAGCUAGCUGAAGAGGACAAGGAUUUGGUAGCAGCAGCCAGUGGGAAGAGCAGUCACCAUGAAGAAGGAGGCGGUCACGAACAUCAUGCUGAUCACCAUCACGAGCAUGGACACAAGGGACACAAGGGCCAUAAAGGACAUCAUCACCACCACAAAGGCGAGCAUGGACACCAUGGAAAGCACCACAAGGAAGGACACCACCACGAACAUGGCGGUCACCACAAGAAGCACUGGGAUGAGCACGACCACCACGGUCACCACCACGAGCAUGGACACCACCACAAGGGCGGCAAACACGGUCACCACAAGCAUCACGACAAGGGAGAGAAGACCGACGGCUACCACAAGAAGUACCACAAGGACGAGUUCCACAAGGACCAUCACUUCUACGAUGACCACCACAAGGAAGGCAAGCAUCACAAGCAUGGUCACCAUCACGGACAUCAUGAAGAUAAGGGAGGACACCACAAGAAGGGAGGUCACCACGAACAUGGACACCAUGAGCAUCAUCACGGUCAUCAUAAGCAUCACGACAAGCAUCAUCACGAUGAAGACCACAAGGGACACAAGGGUCAUCACGGUCAUGAAGAACACCAUCAUCAUCAUCAUGAUCAUGGCAAGAAGGGAGGUCACCACGACCACAAGGAUUGGGGCUUCCACCAUGGAAAACAUUGAGAUGCCAAAAUUAUU